UGUAAUGUAAAAUCUAUAGCAGAGAUUCAAACACGAGUGUGUCUGUGUGUGUGUGUGUGUGUGAGAGAGAGAGAGAGAGAGAGAGAGAUCGGUAUGUCGUCUCCUCGCCUACAGCGUCAUUUUUAGCUCCACAGUUCAGUGCAUGUCUGGAGCUGCUCAGAUCGACAACAGCCGCGGUCUGACGCUGCUUCUUAUCGGCUGUCAAAGGGCGUGAUGAGCCGGUGAGGUUGUGUGGAAGACUGGAAGGAGAUGGUUCCCUCAGCGUUAUGGACCGGAGGAAAGCCGUUCCCGGGUUUGUCCCCUGCUGUCUGUUCCUGGUCCUGGCUGUCUCUGCAGAGGUGUCUGAAAGGCGACACUUAUAUAGAAAACAAAGUGAAGUGCCUUUGUCCUGUUCAGAGGGCUUCACAGAACUGGGCUACUACAAUGGCUCAGUUUCCCACACAAACUCAGGCUCUCCAUGCCUGAAGUGGACUGACUUCCCAGACUACAUGCAGCAAUAUCCGGGCCGAGGUCUGGGAGAUCACAGCUUCUGCCGGAACCCAGACCGAGAGACCAACCCCUGGUGCUUCUUCAAGCAGAACUCUGGUGCCAUUGGCUGGGCCUAUUGUGACUGCCAGAACGGAGCAGCCAGAUUGGUGGGGGGAUCAUCAGGCAACAGUGGGCGCCUGGAGAUCUACCUGAAUGGCAAGUGGGGGGCAGUAUGUGACACCCACUGGACCGACCGCGAUGCCAGUGUCAUAUGCAGACAGCUGGGAGUGAGUGAAAUUGGUACGGCGCUCCAGCAUUCCUACUUUGGUCCAGGUUCCCUGUUCCACUAUGAGCGUCUAGGUUGCCGUGGUAAUGAGAAUUCCCUUCUAGAGUGCCAGAGCAGGAAGUUUGUCACCAGUGACUGUAACCAUGGCAAUGAAGCAGGGGUGAUUUGUGCUGAACCUGAAGGGACCAGGAUCCCUCUGAGGCUGGUUGGAGGCUUGGAGGACUUUGAAGGCCGUAUUGAGGUGUACCAUAAUGGCAGAUGGGGAACCAUUUGUGAUGACCAGUGGGAUGACACUGAUGCUGAGGUGGUGUGCCGACAGUUGGGCCUGGGGGGCGUGGCCAAAGCAUGGCCAUGGGCUCACUUUGGCCAGGGUUUUGGUCCCAUCUUGCUGGAUGAGGUUCAGUGCACAGGCAAUGAACUUUCUCUGGAGGAAUGUCCACAUAGCAACUGGGAGCAACAUAACUGUGACCACACAGAAGAUGCGGGGGUAUCUUGCAAUUCACACACAGACGGUGCAGUUCGUCUAGUGGGAGCAGAGAGUCACCAGGAGGGUCGAGUGGAAAUUUACUACCAGGGACAGUGGGGCUCUGUUUGUGAUGACAACUGGACAGAACUCAACGCCCAGGUAGUGUGUCGACAGCUGGGCUUCAGGGGCAGAGCAGAGGUGGCUCCUGAUGGUGUGUAUGAAGAAAGUCAUGGGCUGAUCUUGUUGGAUGAGGUGCAGUGUCAGGGAACAGAGGCCAGUUUGCUGCUCUGCAUCCAUUCUGAAUGGGGCCACCAUGACUGCUCACACAGUGAGGAUGUAGGUGUCCGCUGUGAGAGGGAUGGUGAUACCAAGAUGAUUCCAAGCAUUUCCCCUUUUACUGGCCCUCUGGUACGUUUGGUUGCGGGAGAGAGCAGGAAGGAAGGCAGAGUGGAGGUCUUCAUUAACGGACAGUGGGGAAGUGUGUGUGAUGAUGGCUGGAAUGAUGUCAAUGCAGCGGUAGUUUGCAGACAGCUGGGAUUCAUUGGUGCGGCUAAAGCUCGAUCGAUGGCAUAUUUUGGUGAAGGCCGAGGUCCCAUCCAUCUGGACAAUGUUCGGUGCUUGGGCACUGAGAUGUAUUUAGGUCAGUGUCUGACUGAAGGUCAAGAUGGCCAUGAUUGUCGUCACAGUGAGGAUGCAGGUGUUAUCUGUGAUUACACUCUGGAUCCUGUGAGUGAUGCUGCCAUGGCAAUGCAGACCUGUGGCCUGAGACUCAAUAAUCAGCGUCGUCGACGCAGAAUUAUAGGAGGAGAUAAGUCACUGAGGGGUGAGUGGCCCUGGCAAGUGUCUCUGUGGCUCAGGUCUCAGUCUAAAGGCAAUCAUCCUCUGUGUGGAGGAUCACUCAUCAACAGUUGCUGGGUUGUGACCGCCGCCCACUGCUUCAAGAGAUUUGGCAGAGACCCCAUCCGCUAUACUUUGCGCCUGGGAGACUACCACACUGAGGAACAAGAUGACUUUGAACGCACCUUGUCCCCUGAUCGCAUUGUUAUCCACAGGAAGUACCACAGUCAGGGCUGGGAGUAUGAUAUCGCUCUGCUGCGCCUCAAAGGCACAGAGGGCAACUGUGUGGCAUUCAAUCCUCACACGGGUGCAGUGUGUCUUCCAGAGCCAGGUACAAAGUGGGAGAAGAGGCCUGCUGCCUGUGUGAUCACUGGCUGGGGCAUCACAGACUCGGAGUACUCCCGGACCCUGCUCCAAGCCUGGGUCCCCUUGCUUCCAGCCUGGAAGUGUAAGAAACGAUAUGGUGAUCGCUUCACCAGCCGCAUGCUGUGUGCUGGGAGUCUGUCAGAGCACCACCGUGUGGACAGCUGCCAGGGGGACAGUGGGGGUCCGCUGGUUUGCCAAGGGGAGGGGGGUCGUUGGGUGCUGACAGGCGUAAUCUCUUGGGGGCACGGCUGUGGUAACCCCUCAUUCCCUGGUGUGUAUACCCGUGUUAGCAGGUUCCUGCAAUGGAUUGACAAGGUUAUCAAUAAACCCUACAAGAACUAAUGAGCAUUGGAGCAUUGGUCAUAGUCAUCAGUUAGAGCUUUGGGGCUUGUAGCUGCAGGUAUGUAUUGAUAGGAACCACCAUUGUAUAGUAUUAUAACUGUCAGCCAAGGGCAAGUUUACAUACAGUUGAAGGCACCUGUGUUGAGUCAUUCAUGAAGAAUCAGAUCAGAACCAGAUGAGUGCAUGGCACUUAAAAUAUGUAUUUAUUGGUGUAUUGUAGAUUCGGCAGUUAACCCAACUGUAAUAUGUGCAUGUUUUCACCUAUACACUUCAGUGCCUGCUUCAUCUUUCAUUACAUAUCUUAAAAGACUGUAUAAAUCUGACAUGCUAGUACAGCAAAAAGACCAGUGAACACCCAUGCAUGAAUCUGUGCAUAUCCAUUUAUAGUUGAGAACUGUUUCCAGAUAAAGAAUAGCACCCCUCCAAACAGGGAGGGCAGAAUAGAGGAAGACACUAAUACACAGACCAUAUUUGUGGCAAUAUAAUAGAUUGACCUCUUUCUGCACAGGUAAAUAGUGCUGUACUAAGCCAGCUUUGAAAAGCUGAACUAAAAUGCAUGCCUUACAGUGACACUUGUAGAUGAGAACCUGACAAAAGAAAGAAGUGAAAAAAAUGACAGUGCAGUAGUAAUGAUGUGCCUUAUAGGACUGAAUUUGUAAAUACAGACAAUUAAAUUUAUUUGUUUCAAUAAUUUUCCUGCACGUCCAACUAUUAACAAGCCACAGGCCCCACUAUUUUGCAUUGCUGUUUUGACCAUUAAUAAAGUUGUUGUUCCCAACUUAUUUCUGUUAACUGAAAUUUAGCUACGGUAAUUAUCAGUCUAUAAAAUAACAUAGACUAUCAACUAGCACACAGUAUAAUGUGUAAGUACAAGAGGUUUAUAACCAAGUACUACAUCGCCAAUCAAGUUCCAGACCAAAGAACAGGGUUCACUGUGUAGGAGCUGGUCUGUGCCAGUCCAAUUAAUUGCUCAUGUAUUUUGGGGUAUGGAAAUAUUUAUAUUGUUAUCUGAUGUAAAAAGGUAGAUUGAGGUUUUUCACCUGAUCUUGAAGGCUUGUCAUAAACAGGGGCCCUGUUAAUAUAGAUUCAUUUUUUCAUUUGCUUACUUGGUGGAUAAUCCUAAAACACAUUGUAUUUACUAUUGGAUUACUGUGUGUUUAAUAGGGACCCUGCAGCUGAUUUCUGCACCAAGUCCCCCCAAGCAGAUUCAUUUCAGUUUGCUUAUGACAGCAGUCUGUGCUCUUAAAAGUGAAAAUGGUAUGUUCACUUGGUCAAUGUUUCUCAAGUUAGAACAUUUUACUAUACUUGUACAUACUGUAUGUCUCAUCAGUAUUAGAAUUUUUGUGUGACACCAAAGUGUGUAUGUAAAACUAAAGUGCAAACAAUGUAUACAUGUUGUACAUCAGCGCUGAAUUGGUUAACCUGUAUUUAUUUAAAUUGUUUGAAUGGUUACAUAUAGAAAUGAAAACAUUGCUUUAAGUAACUAUUUUGCUGGGAAACUUAAUUUAAAGUAUCUAAGAAACCAGCAUUCAGCCUCGCAAUACAUUAAACUUUUUAUUUAUUUUCUUUAUCUUCCUUUUUUGUACAGUAGAAAUAAUUCUGCCCUGACAAAUUCCCUGUUCCAUACACUCCAUGCUCUAUAAAAUGGUAUAUAAUUUAUGUGUUUAAAAAUGUUAUGUAUUAUUGUAUUUUUUAUCACUGUCUCCCCACUGCUCUCA